CCAUAUGGCUAUACAUUCUUAAACCCGCCUGAUGGUUUGUUUGAGAAAUGCGCGUCAGACUCAUUUCAAACCUUCAGAAGGAAACAAGUUUCCUGAAAAGUGACUUGGGCUGGCUAUUCACAUUCCUUCGUCCAGUCAUAAAUUUGUCCGAUGCCCUGAUGCUACUUCCCACAUAUGGGUAAAAUUUUACUCGUUUUGGAGUUACUUUUUAUAAGCUUGUGCAACAUUUUUGACAGCAUUCAAAAAUAUUGAAUGGAAGAACUAUCGAAAGUAAAACUAGAGGCAGAAAAUGUUGCACUUUUACAAGCCAAGUGCGCUGAAAACUGCAACCAAACAUUGGAAUACUUGAAUAAAGAUGUUGAUACAAGUAAAGAUCGAGUAAAGCAAAAUUCAUUGUUGAUAGAGGACUCCAGCAUCGAACCGAUUCCGAUUCAGUACACAAACUAUAACGUAAUUAGUGAAAGGGAAGAAACUCCGGGGUCUUACUAUGCACCAACCGACAGUACUGAAGCGAACAGUUCGCAGGCAGCAUCCGCAAUUCCAUUCUACGAUACGAGACGACCACAUGAAUGCGAAGUUUGUGGUAAACGAUUUCUUCAGAAAAGAAACCUAGUUGAACACGUCCGAACACAUCGUGGCGAGCGGCCUUUAUCUUGCGACAUAUGUGGAAAGACAUUUUCCAGGAGCGGCUGCCUUUCGCGUCAUCGAUAUUUCCACUCCAGCGAGCGACCAUUCCAGUGUACCGUAUGCGGAAAAAACUAUAUCGACCAAAGAUACCUGACCAAGCACAUGUUCUUUCACACGGGCGAAAGACCCCACAGAUGCCAUGAAUGUGGUAAAGGUUUUGUGUACAAAAAUAGUCUAGAGAAUCAUAUGUCAACCCACACCGGAGACUAUCGGCUCGUAUGCGAUGUGUGUGGCAAAGGAUUCAAUAAACUAAAUGAAUUGGAUAAACAUAAGGUUAUUCAUACUAGUAAACCAACGCACAGUGAGGCAAACGCGGUCUCAGUUACUAUACGACCAUAUGAAUGCGAUCUUUGUGCCAAAGGAUUUCACCAGAAGAGCGCCCUUGCAGAACAUAUCGCAAGGCAUCGUGGUGUACGACCCUACAGUUGUGAUGUCUGCAAGAAAACGUUCACCUGCCGAACCACUUUGUCACGGCACCGCUAUAUCCACACCAGUGAACGACCGUGCAAAUGUCUCGUGUGUGGCAAAGGCUUUAUCUGUAAAAGUCAUCUUGACACACACAUGGCCAUCCAUAGCGGCGAGCGACCGCACACCAAAUCCAAAGGAACGAAAUCGACGGAGGUUUCACCGUUGAAGCAAUCCACAGUCGACCUCGAUGAGAGGAGACAUUUUAAUAACAUGGAAAGUUCCGUAUCAUUAACAGAUUUUGAUCUAUCAAAAGUUAAGUGCGCUAAUGUUGUUGAUCGGACAAUGAAAAACCUGCAACGAAACAGUGAAACUAUGGGGAAUGGUUCCAUGUCUGACUGUAUCAAUGUAAAUAAUAAUCCUGAAUUUAAACUUAGUCGGCUCUUCGAAGAUUCCGAAGAGAAACCAGCUACGAUAAAUUCUCAAAAUGACUAUGAAUUCGUUCAGAGUGACAAGAAGCUGCAGCCGCCUGCCAAUGGAACCAUCGUACGACCACACGAGUGCGAGCUUUGCGGAAAAAGAUUUCUCCAGAAGUGGCACCUGGCUGAACACGUUCGCGCACAUCGGGGCGAACGUCCGUUCGUUUGUGAUGUUUGUGGCAAGGCAUUUCCUAGAAGUGGUGACCUAUCCCACCAUCGGUAUUCGCACAGCGGUGAGCGCCCGUAUAAGUGUACAGUGUGCGGAAAAGAUUUUGCCCACAAAACUGCCUUCACUGCGCACAUGCCGCUACAUACGGGGAACUAUCGGCAUAAGUGUGACGUUUGUGGCAAAGGAUUCAAUGCUGGUUCUCGAUUGAAGGAGCACAAGCGCAUUCAUACCGGCGAGCGACCGCACAAGUGUGAUAUUUGCGGAAAAGGGUUUGCCAAAAUUGACCAAGUGACUGCCCACAUACGCACUCACACUGGUGUGCGACCGUAUCAGUGCGAUAUUUGCGGUAAAAGCUUUGUCGAACGGAACGUUCUCGUUCAUCACAAACGUACUCACGAUGGUAUCUAUCGCUUCGAGUGUAACGUUUGUGGCCGGGGUUUUAUAGCUAAAACGCGUUUAACUGAACACAUGCGUGCGCACAGUGGCGAAAAACCAUUCAAAUGCGACAUAUGUGGCAAAGGAUUUUCAAUGGCUGGAACUUUGAAUCGACACACGCGGUUACAUGAUUCCGAAGGUUCUUUUGGUUGUGAAAUUUGCAGUCAACAGUUUGUCACUCAGCAAGCAUUGGACAGGCACAAGUAUGAACAUGUCGGCGAUGAGUCGCACCGUUGCGAGACCUGUGGUAAAGAAUUUGUCGUCCGGUACUAUCUUGAUUUGCAUGUCCUGACGCAUACCGAUCAGAAGCCAUAUGAGUGUGAUAUCUGCGGAGCGGCAUUCGUGCAGAACAACUUACUGACCCAACACAGGGCGUAUCACAGGCCGGGUUCCGAAGGUGAAAAUUGAAUUGAACUGUCUGAAUAGUAAGGAAAAAUAAACGCUUUUG